AUGUCCGAUCUUCUCCAUCCUCUAACUUCUGCCGGAAUACCCUAUUCACGACCUCAGACACCGGGAGCAUCUCCACCGCAGGUGGGAUUUGUUGGUAUCGGGUCCAUGGGAUUCUAUAUGGCCAGAAAUCUUGCUACUCAUCGGUCUCAAAAUGCUCCACCUCUGUUAGUAUGGAAUCGAUCGCAGCCAAAAGUUCAAAAGCUACUAGAAGAGGCUGGAUCUGAGAACGUUCGCGUUGCCCAGAAUCUGGAACAGAUCGCGACAGAGUGUGAUAUCAUCAUUACCUCGUUGGCGAACGACUCGGUGGUGAAAUCGGUCUACGAACAGCUGACAAAGGCUCUUUCGCAUGCGCCACCCGUAAGACACAAGAUCUUUGUGGAAACGAGCACAACAUAUCCCACGCUCGCAGGAGAACUUGAUAAACUAGUGUCGGCAGUUCCUCAUUCAAAUCUAGUGACCUCCCCCAUCAUUGGUGCUCCCAAGGCCGCCGAUGCAAGGCAACUUAUCAUCGUUAUGAGCGGCGAUUAUAGGUCAAAGAAGGAUGUAGCCUAUCUGCUUGUACCUGCAGUCGGUCGGAGAAUCAUCGACCUCGGAGAAAAUCUUGAGAAAGCACCCACCUGCAAGCUAAUUGCGAACUCCAUGAUUCUUGGAAGUCUAGAAAUCCUUGCGGAGGCUUACACACUCGCAGAGAAGUCGGGCAUUGGAGCCGAGAACGUUAAUAGCAUCGUUAAAGACGUAUUUCCCACUCCUACUUUUAUGGGGUAUUCCGAGAAAAUGAAGAACGACCACUUUGAUGGAGCGGUUGGUUUCACCAUUGACGGUGGUAUCAAAGAUGCCAGCCACAUCCGCCGCCUCACAGCUGAGCAUAAUGUGCCGAUGCCUCUUGCCGACAUUGCCUACCAGCACUUGAUCACCGCUCGUGCUAUUCAUGACACACUGAAAGCAGAAGGUAAAGAGGUGUUUGAUCCCCUUGACUGGAGUGCCAUCGUCGCAAGUACCAGGGUGGCCGCCGGACUCGACGCUUUUGAUAGCUCGAAGCACACGGCCGUGGUAAGAGAGGAGUGA